UCGCGAGGCUGCGGUGAGAUGCUGAAAUAAAAGUGUGUAUGUGAGAGAGAAAGAGAGAAAGAGAAGUAUUUUUGCAAGAAGAGGAGAGAUUGAGAGCAUGAAGCUUUACUGAGAAUAAUUAUGGAGUGAAAGCGGCAGCUAUAUCUUCAUCUUUUUCUUUCGGUUUGUUCCAGGACUGAGAAGCUGUGAUGUCCGGCAGCAUGAGCGAGGCCGAUGAGGCUUCAUCUGGGGAAUGGAAGGAGAAGUAUAUGGCUCUGGAAGCUCUGCUCUUGAAGUUCCGUGGACAGAUGAGUGUGAUUCGAGACCUCACCACAGAAAAGAUGCAGCAGUUGGAAACACAGGUUUUGGAGGCAGAGCGAAAUGCCUAUGAAGCAAACCAGCAGGUGCACUGGAUGGAGGAGCAUCUGAAGGCUACUGAUGUGGAGUCUGCUGACUCUGAGCUGAAGCUCUUCAGACGCUGCCAAGACCUUCAGGCUGCUCUGCAGGAGAAAGAAGAGCUGAUAACAUCACUGGAGCAACAGUUAGAGGAACAGAAACAGGGCCGAAUUCAAGAUGCCAAGAUUGUAGAGGAGAAAGCUGCAAAGAUCAAGGAGUGGGUGAUGCGGAAAUUAAAUGAGUUUGAAGUAGAAAACACCUCCUUGAGGGAAACAAACCAACAGCAGGAGUCUCAGAUAUUGGAACUAAAGAGACAAAUUCAAGUCCUGGAGAAGGCUGUAGACUACAGAGGGUUGGAUCACGCUAAACCUGGACAGGCCCAGCGGCUCAGCAGCCUGACCUUUGGCUGCUUUCACGUCCAAGGGAAGAGUCCUCAGGUGCGGACAGGCCCCAUGCCAGUUCAGAGGAGCACAGGCGGUGUGUGUACGACCCUCACACCCACCGACUCCAGGAGGCUCUCAGCUGAUUGUGGGAAUAAACACAAUCCAGAGGCUGAGGCUGUGAGUCCGAGUCCUAGAAUGGAGUCUGAGCAAGAGAAGGAGUGUGCAACUACAGAGGACAUUCUGUCUCACAAUGCUGAGGACGAAGCAGAACCAAGGGAACCCUACCGUACCAACUUAGAAGACCCUGACAUACAACAUCCCAUCUCUAAUAUAUUUUCUUCUCAACUUGCUGGAUCAGAUGCUGCAGCCGAGGAAAAAGCCAGCGAGGACAGGGCGGACUCGUCAGAUGAGCUGAACAAGCAGUUUCGCAUGCAGCGUCUAAAUUCUUCAUCAUCCUCCAGUGAGGCCAAUACACCCAGCCCAAUUCUGACCCCAAAACGCCCCACGCCAUCCCAAGAUGCACAUGAUACACCUGCCUCGCCCAAGCAGCCCCGCCUACGCAGCCCCAAUGCCUUUAGCGUUAGUGUUGCGCUAGCCAAGAAACACCUAAGCCAGCCUUCAGCGGUUAGUGAAACAGUCCACGGGAGAACACGCAAUGCCAUUAGCAUGCUACGCCCAUUGAAGCCGCAUGAGACUGAUUUGAACCAGGAGCAGGAGAUGGAGACUGGUGAGAGUAUGAUACCCUCUGAAGAGUCAUCUAAAAGCCCAGCAGAAGAGCCAAAGUCCCCUGAUACGGCUGCACCCUUACCAGGGAACAAGCCGCCCACCCCCCCGCUGCACAGGUUCCCCUCCUGGGAAAGCAGAAUAUAUGCUGUGGCUAAAUCUGGAAUUCGGCUUUCAGAAACAUCAUGUACAGACAUAGCAAAUAAAGACUCUUCUCACCCAUCCUCAUACCCUGCCUUCAUGCUGUACACAUCUCUCAUCUACAGAAACAUGAACACACUGGUCUACACCACAGUCAAAGGGAGGGUGGCGUUGCUGGGCAGCACUCAGUUUUCCGAGGAGUCUUCCACCUCUGAGGAGGAGGAGGGUUUGGAGGAGUGUCACUCAAACUCGGGUGAGGAGGAGAGCAGUUUGCACACCUCCAGCUCCAACUGUGCCAAAAGCUCCUUCAGGAGAGCCGUGUCCCUUUCCUCCAUGGCGUCUGAGAGUGACUACGCCAUCCCUCCUGAUGCCUAUUCUACAGACACCGAGUGCUCUGAGCCUGAGAACAAACUGCAAAAGACCUGCUCUUCCAGCAGUGACAGUGGCAAGAGUGAGCCAAUGGAAAAGUCUGGCUACCUACUUAAGAUGGUGAAGACAUGGAAGAAGACCUGGAAACGCCACUGGUUUGUCCUGAAAGAUGGAGAACUGAUGUUCUACAAGUCACCGAGUGAUGUCAUCCGUAAACCUCAAGGCCAGAUUGAACUCACUGCUUCCAGCAGUAUUUCCCGUGGGGAUGGCAAACAAAUACUUCAGGUGGUGACAGGAAAACAUGUGUAUAAUUUAAAAGCCGACUCUCCUAACCUUCUAGAGGAGUGGCUCAAGGUCCUGCAGUGUGUGCAGAAAGUCAAAGCAGCCAGUCCCCUCUUCACCCAACCCAACAUCCGGCCAACCAUGAAGGGACACCUGACUAAGAUGAAGCAUGACUAUUCUAAGCGUGUGUGGUGCACACUUAUUGGAAAGACUUUGUACUACUUCAGAUGCCAAGAGGACAAGUUCCCACUGGGUCAGAUCAGGUUGGCAGAGGCACACGUAGAAGAAUGGAACUCUGAUGAGGACAAUAAGAGUGGACAGUCCACUCAAUCCACCAUCUCCAUCCAGACCCUUAACCAGAGCCCCAAUUACCUUCACAUAGAUUCCCCUCACGAGAAAGCAGCAUGGCUGUACCACCUGUCUGUGGCAGCAGGCACCAACGUGGGGCAGGUGGGAACUGAGUUUGAGCAGCUGGUUGGCAAAUUGCUUAGUGUGGACGGGGACUCGGACUCUCAAGUGUGGAGGCAUCCCAUGUUGUGCUUCAGCAAGGAAGCCCUGUCCACCCCUCUCACCACUCUGCCCUCACAGGCCUUACAGACUGAAGCCAUCAAACUUUUUAAGACAUGCCAGCUCUUUAUUAAUGUAGUCAUCGACACUCCAGCCAUAGACUAUCAUGUGACACUGGCACAGUGUGCACUGCAGGUGUGUCUCGCACACUCCGAGCUGCAGAACGAGAUCUACUGCCAGCUCAUCAAACAAACACGCAGGAGGCAGCCUCAUGAACAGCCAGGCCCACUGCAGGGUUGGCAGUUUCUGGCAUUGUGUGUGGGACUCUUCCUGCCGCAGCAUCCCAUUCUCUGGCUUCUCCAUGUCCAUCUCAAAAAGCACGCUGACCCCAGGACAGAGGUGGGGAAGUAUGCCAUCUACUGCCAGCGUUCUAUGGAGAGAACUCAGCAGAAGGGUGAGCGCCAGGCCCGGCCCUCACGAAUGGAGAUACUGUCCAUCUUACUGAGGAACCCAUACCACCACUCGCUGCCAUUCAGUGUGCCUGUGCACUUUCUCAACAACACCUAUCAGGUUGUUGGUUUCGAUGCCUCUACCACAGUGGAAGAGUUCCAGAACCAUCUAAAUCAGGACACGGGCAUGAGGAAGACGGGCCAGUCCGGUUUUAGUCUCUAUUCAGAUGAUCCCACCGGCCAAAACCUAGAACACUGUCUACAGGGCAGUCUUAUGAUUUGUGACAUUAUAUCUAAAUGGGAGCAGGCCUGUAAGGAGUUACACACGGGCAAAUCUGAGAACACCAGGACUGUGAAACUCACGUACAAAAACAGGCUGUACUUCUCUCAGCAGCUGAGAGGAGAGACUGAGAGAGAGCGCCUGCUCUUGGCCUAUCAGACUAACGAGGAGAUUGCAGCAGGUCAUUUCCCUGUAAACAAAGAGCUUGCAAUAGAGAUGUCUGCUCUGCUGGCACAGGUGGAGUUUGGAGACUUUGAGCGACCGUUCCCAAGUGCAGUCGGCUCUGCCUCUGGACAGGCCAAAACUACACAAACUUUAAAGCAGGUUCUGGAGCGCUUCUACCCCAAGCACUACAGACGAACCUGCUCAGAGGAGCAGCUGAGGCAGUUAUGUGAGGGAAUCUCGGCUCGAUGGGCAUCACUGAGGGGGCGCUGCACCUCUGAGUGUGUGCGGAUCUAUCUGACUGUGGCCCGCAAGUGGCCCCUUUUUGGAGCCAAGCUGUUUGAAGCUGAGCCCCAGUCACCCUCUUCACUGCAAAGCACACGUGUGUGGGUAGCUGCGCAUGAGAAUGGGUUGAGCGUGUUGGACUUUACGUCCAUGAAACUUCUAGUGUCCUUCUCCCAUAAGAACAUUAUAACAUUUGGAGGUUGUAGUCAGGACUUCAUGCUGGUGGUGACUCAGAGCUCCGGAAGCAACACAGCCAGAAAAACAUCCAGUGAGAAGCAUCUGUUCGCUAUGGGUGCUUUUAAGAUCCGAGAGCUGACGCUCCUUAUGGCCAGCUACAUUAACAGCACCCAUCAACAGAAGUCAGCAGCACACCAUCUCUCUGCCCCAGCUCUGCUGCUGGCCCAAAGUCAGUCUGGGGAGCAACACGCCUCUAAAUCCCCUCUUGCAGGUGGUGGCAGACCUAGCAAAGCCCCAACACUACUCUGAAGUGCCUUAUACUGGUCUCAACUGAUUGGCUCAUUACUUUGAACCUCCCCCAGUUACCAGGGAAACACAUUGAGAGUGACUUAUGGGUUUCGGGAAUGAGUAUAACUGUGAUCCACCCAAACCUGUUUGAACUGGCCCCUGAAACUCAACGAUGCCGGCUGUGUUGUGGAACAGACAAAAGAAGUGGAAAAGAAAAACAACAGUGUUAGACCACAAUUUUUUUUCAGUCAAUGAAACUUGAAUCAUUUUAAAAUGAUGGUUCCAUUACAUUUUAUCACUUAAAAUGGCAAAAAAUGUGAAUUAAAAUGGCAGUCCAAACAAACAGCUUAGAAUUAAAGCAACAUAUCUGAAAGCUUUCUCUUGUCAGUGUUUAUAUAAAUCUUGGGCAGCCAGAGUUAAUUCAAUGAUAUGAAGAGCAUGAUUUGCACAUGGUUUGUUUAUAUUUGCUUACGGCAAUUCACAUUACAAAGACAUUAGCUCACUAACAUGAGAUGGUUGUAGGUAUAUUGUUUUUAGGAUACAUGGAAAGACUAUCAGUGUUACAGAGAAUGUUCAGUAAAGCAUGUUUGUUAAGACUAUACAGGUCAAGUUAAUUUUUACCAGUGAGUCAACCAUCUGAGAAUUUGCUGUUGGAAGUUAAACACCUUAGAUAUAAUCACCCAACUGAUACUGAAAGGCAGCAGGAGAAGCCUGGUUUAGCAUUAAGGCACAAAGUCUUGUGUAACACACACUGAACCUCGUUGGUCCGGUCUAACCUGAUUCCAGUGAGUGUUAGUAUCACACACCCUUAACCUUCAGCUCUGAUGUGUUUUUUUUCAUGGAUAACUUUCAAGUGAUCUUAUACAUCUUUAGUAGGGAAACAAAGUGGUAUUACAUAAAAUAAAAAAAGGAACGGUGUGGCUGUUCAUGAAACACUUCAGUAAGUGAAUGCCAUCUUUAAAGAACUGAAACUAGUAUACAAGUCAGAAAAGCAUGUGUUUGAAAUAACCUUCAUCUGGAGUUCGGCAAGACAAGACAGCCACAAAUUUUUGCUGCAUAAUUAAGCCACAUUCUUUAAAUGUGCUGCUUUCCCCAUGACAACAGGCAUGUCCUACCUAGUCACACUUCCCAACUACCUGAACAGGAAGAUCAUUCAUAGAGUUUGUGUUUCUGUUUACGUGUCUGUUUAAGCAUAGACUGCAGAUAAUUACAAAGAGGUGUUUAAAACAACUCAAGUUUAAGGGGGGGUGUAACAAAAAACACUCAAUUGGAAUAUCACCUCAUGUAAGCCAACACAGGUUUCUAGUAGUAUUAUAAAAUGACCACUACUGAUAUUCUGUAGUAACUCAUCUCCCAAGUAGGAGCCCAUUUAAAGCAUUUAUAGGGCCAUUAUAGUCACAGUAUGCAGGUGUGGAAAAAAAAAUAAAUAAA